ACUCCAAGUCGGGCGAUUGUUGCUUCAGAACCAGCAGCAGAACACCAUGGAGGCGACAACUGGGCAUUACAAGACAUUCAAGUGCCAACUGAGCUCAAAGAUGGCGAAAUCUUGGUCGAGAUGCUAGCUACGGGAAUUUGCCACACGGACCUAUCUUUGACAGCUCCAGGUCAAGGACAGACAUUCCCAAUCGUGCCUGGCCAUGAAGGCUCCGGAUACGUCAAAGCGGUAGGACCCAACGUUACAAAGCCAAUCAAGCCCGGAGACCCGGUGCUGCUUUCCUUCGACAGCUGUGGUAAUUGCAAGGAAUGCCAUGAGAAGCGACCGGCUUACUGCGAUACAUUCGCCCCGAUGAAUCUUUACGGCGAAUCUGAUGUGUUCAAAUCAAGCGAUGGCUCUUCUGGUAUUGGCGCCAAAUUCUUCGGGCAUUCCAGCUUUGCCAAGCUGAGCCUUGUCAAGGAAUCUACCGUUUUGCCUGCGAAGGACUUGAUCAAAAGCAAGGAGGAAUUGCAGCUAUUUGCGCCGCUCGGAUGCGGAAUUCAAACAGGCGUAGGUGCGAUUCUCAACCUAGUGAAGCCUUCACCGAGCGAUACUGUGAUGGUGACAGGACUUGGUGGCGUUGGCUUGAGCGCAGUAAUGGGCGCUAGAAUCGCUGGUUGCAAACGUAUCGUGGCUGUAGACAAGAAUCAGGAACGCAUCGAUAUGGCCAUCGAGCUAUUCGGGGCCACACACGGUCUGAACACAACUGAUAUCACGGACCUGACAGCUGCUAUGAAAGAAGUUGCUGGAGGUCGAGGACCAAACGUCGUAAUCGAGACGACAGGAGUGCCCGUGGUAGUGGAGAGCUCUUACUAUUCUGUCGACACCCGUGGAGCGUAUGUGCAGGUCGGCGGGCCUGUAAGCCCAGACUACCGCUUCUCACUCGACCUGGUCCAGCACCUUUUCCGAGGCAUCAGGCUGUGGGGAUGCGUGGAAGGCGACAGCUUUCCAGGAGAGUUCAUUCCGGAGAUGAUCAAGCAUUAUCGCGCUGGAAAGCUGCCGGUUGAUAAAAUGGUCAAGUAUUAUCCGGCUGACGACUUCAAAACAGCAUUGCACGAUAUGCAUGCUGGCAAGACGAUCAAGCCUGUUCUGUUAUGGUAG